GGGUGGAGGGAGGGAGAGCCACGUGUUCCCCGGUGCGGCUCACGAUGGCGCGGCUCUUCCGCGCCCUGCUGAAGGCUGUGAGGCGGUGUGUAAUUCCUGAGGAGAAGAGGAAAGGGGCGGUGCUCGGUAGUUCAAUCAGCGCCUGGGCGCCAAACUACAGCACGGCCCCCACCAAGGCGGCCCUCCACAUGCCCGGCAUGGAUUAUCAGGAUGUAGUACAGACACUGAACACCUUGCAGACCAAUGCCAGCACUUUGGAGCAGAUCCGUCGGGAGCAGGAGCGUGGUCAAACAAAGGGCAGUUUGGAAGCAAUGAAAUCCUUUGUACGACGAGCUGGCAUGAUGAUUGAAGAACUGGACCAGCUUGCCAUCAUUCAUGUGACUGGGACAAAGGGCAAGGGUUCCACAUGUGCAUUUUGUGAAAAGAUAUUACGCAAUUAUGGAUUAAAGACUGGAUUUUACAGUUCCCCACACCUGGUGCAAGUAAGGGAGAGAAUUAGGAUUAAUGGCAAACCGAUCAGCAAAGAUCUCUUUACAAAGUACUUCUGGCAAGUGUAUAAUCGAUUGGAAGAAACAAAGGACAGCGACUCCGGGACCAUGCCUGCAUACUUUCGGUUUCUCACCAUCCUGGCUUUCCACAUCUUCUUGCAUGAAAAGGUUGACGUCACAAUAUUAGAAGUCGGGAUCGGUGGAGCUUAUGAUUGUACCAAUAUAAUCAGACAACCCAUAGUGUGUGGAGUGUCAUCACUGGGGAUUGAUCACGUCAGUAUCCUAGGAGACACCAUGGAGAAGAUUGCAUGGCAGAAAGGAGGAAUAUUCAAGCCGGGGGUUCCUGCAUUCACAGUUCCACAGCCCAGUGGGCCAAUGGCUGUCCUUGUUGAAAGAGCAAAAGAGAUCGGAUGUUCACUGAACCUGUGUCCAGAUCUGGAGGACUUCCAGUUUGAGGGGGAGAAGCUGAGUUUGGGUUUGGCAGGAGACCAUCACAAAUUAAAUGCAUCGCUGGCGUUGCAGCUGUGUCGGACGUGGCUCCAGCAUCACCACCACCCAGAUUUCCCUCCACUCCGGGGAACACAGGACUUUGCUGAGCAGCACUUCAAACAGAGCCCACCUGUCAGCUUGUCUUUCUGUCCAAGCCCUGCCAUGGUGGAAGGGUUACGCGAUACAGAAUGGCUUGGUCGAUCGCAGAUCCUGAAGCGUGGACCCGUGACGUAUUACAUUGACGGCGCUCAUACAAUUGGUAGUAUAAAGGCCUGUGUCAAGUGGUUUCGGGAGCAGUCAUUGAAGGAAGCAAAAUCAGUGAAGGGGCCUGUGGUAAAGGUGCUGCUGUUCAACACGACAGGCGAGAGAGAUGCUGCUGCACUCCUCAAACUGCUUGUGCCAUGCCAGUUUGAUUUUGCUGCUUUCUGUCCCAAUCUCUUGGAGGUAGCACAGAAGAAUCAGAAUCCUGAUCAGAAGAAUUACACAGUUACUUUGGAAAAUAUGCUGGGCCGUUGCUUUAAAAAUCACGGUGCCUGGUGCAAGCUGACAGAGGUGAAGCAGGACAACUUGUGGAGCCUGUCGGGAAGUAAUCUGGAGAGUUUGACUGCAUUGGUUAAAAAGGACAGCUUGGAUGGGGGAGCAUUACUCUUUAAUGAAUUGGAUUGUGACCUGAUGACUCCUCGCGCUCUUGUCUUCCCCUCCAUCAACGAAGGCUUGCAGUGGAUAACCCAAGGCCGUGACCCUGGCCUCCAGCCUGCCCUGGCUAAUCUGCUCCAUCUGGCAGGGCCAACAACACUGAAGGAAGCUUCCACCGUACAGAUCCUGAUCACAGGUAGCCUCCACCUAGUGGGUGGGUGCCUGAAACUCCUGGACCAGUCUUUGUCUCAGUGAAAGCUGAGCAUUUUGUUGGGGGUGGGGUGUGUGAGAGGGAGACAUUGCUUUAAGGCCCUCUGAGGACGAAGGUGAGAGGAUGGUUUCCAGGUCCAAUGUGAUAUUUAUUGUAUUUGACUGUGUUUAAGCACAAUAAUAUUAAAUAUGAAGUGAUAGCAUUAACUGGGUCAACUAGAAUCUUUAAUGAACCUUGCUUUCAUUUAGCUCAGAGGUAGAUUGUCUGAAUGGAUCUUGGAAUUUUUUUUUUCCGCAUGAUUAGUGUGUGAAAUGAACUUCAGGCCUAAUAAUUUAUAUGGUUUAAAUUUUUGCACAUGAAUUAUUUAUUUUAAAAAAAGAGUCUUAAUCAUUAUGGGUGUUGCAAAUGAGGCAGAAAGUACGUGGAAAGUGAUCUGGGGCAGUGGCACACUCACUUGUGCUUUGAAUAGUGGCUGAGAGUACUUGUGUGGUAAUGCCUGAGAUUUCUCGACUAGAUUUUUCUUCGUUUCCUUCUGGGCAUUAUAUUACCCAACAGUUACACAAUAACAAUUUUAACUCUGUCCAUGGGGGAGUUGGAUGCUUCAAUGUGUGGCUCAUUUUUUAGAAUUUAUUUUGAAGGCAUCCAAAAAAUGGCAUUAUAAAUCAUCACAAUUGUGAAAAUAAACGUUAGUCAACACUACCAACAAUAUUUGUGAAUUGUAAAACCAGAUGCAUGACAGCUGGAUGCAUUUUCAGUGUGAAGUGGGGCUUGGAUGAGUUUAACACACAGGUGUGACUCCACAACACCCCUCAGUCCGACUGUCAUCUCCAGUUGAAAGCUGCAUCAGUGGUCUGUCUUGGGAUUUCACCAAAUCAGACCUGUGGGGCUGGGAUAGGACCAGUCGACUGGGGCAUUGCCUGCUCAUCACCACAAGGGAUGACUCGGUCAGGAUUGGUAAAGUCUAGUGAUGUAAUAAAUUGAUUCUUUUUAUCUGUAUAAAUGUCAACAGAUGCAAUAAUUUAAAAAAAUUUGGUUCUAGCUCAUUUCCUCCAGAUCUCUGAGAACUUACUCCAAGAAGUUCUCAGCAUUGUGCUGUGGGGUGGUCAUGUGCCUUAUGAAAACUAACAGGUUAAUAAAUACCCAUUUCUUUCUUUAGAGUAUGUUCAUAUUCAGGUUUUAACAAAGAAUGGUGGUGUGCCAAAUAUCAGGGUGGCUUGACACAGCUUUGUAUUUGUGAUUCCACUGUAAUUUCAGCAGUGUCACGGAAGGGGUAAAGAGAACUCAAUAAGAUUGCAGAAGAAAUCAGAUGAGGAGUUACCAGGUGCACCACUUAGUGGUUCAUUGCAGAGCAGCACUGCCAGAGUCUGGACUUGAAUUGCCUACUGGUUUUCAGUAAGUAGCACGAUCUAUAAGCAUAGCAAGACACUUUAAAUUUGUCAAAUUAUGUGCUUGGCUCCUGAUUACAAUAAAGUGGCUCUAAGUCCACUGUUGGUACUGCGAGACAAUGUCUAUGACAAAGUGCUGAGCUCUUCUUUUGACUGUGGCUGUUGCAUUGUCAACGGCUGAUUCCUUUGGUUUUGUUGUAUCUCAAUUACAAGUUCCCACUUUAGAGUGUAUUAACAUAGUCAAGGUGUUAUAGUUUUUCCUGUGAUCAUGGUGAUUGGCUACAGGCUUUUCCACCUUUUAAUUCCAUUUGUGUUCAUAAUCACUGUAGAGCCACCCUUGGGGUUCACCGAGUGCAGCCACCUGCUUCCACAUAAAGUUCAAAAGGUGGAAGACUUGUGUCAGAAGUUUUGAUUUUCAUAUUUUAGCAGGUAACUAUGAACAAGUCUUGAUAGGAGGUUCCAAGAUGUUCUGAAAAUUCAGAUUAGUGACGUGAAUAGGAUGAUCUGUAAUUCCAAAAGAUAUGCAUUCAAACUUUCUGUUCUGAUCUCCAAAAAAGUGGGUGUUAGAAUGGCUGCAACCAUAUGGUUGACAUUGGCUGCUAAGGAGGAAUGUUACUUCCUUCUGAAGACAGCCGGCUAUAGUAAAUGGGUCCAAAUAUCGACAGAAGAAGCAGGAAACUAUUUAAGGGUAGAUGUCAAACUCCUAAUUGUGAAAUGGAAAUACAAUAAAUCAAAUACUUAAAUAGAUCAAGACUGCUGUGUUAGGGGAGGGUGAUCUUAAAUCGUUCAAGCUCCCUAUAAGAUUAGGUUGCUUCCUCAAUUCUUGGUGGCAGGGUUAAAAUCUGGAAUACUUGAAAUAUUAUUUACCAUGCGCCCAUUACAUGGAAAAAGAAGCUGCAAUGCGUAUUUUAACAUAUUUUAAAAUUAAAAAUAGCCUGUUCUCCUACCCCCAGGCUAUGUAACAUGAACUAUUUGCCAUCCAAAAUGGACAUGGAAUUCCAGCUGCUUUAUAUAUAAGUAUCCAUUAAGGGCAAAAUAAUCAUAGUCAUUUGUCUGAAUCAUGAGUGCAUUUGUUGGUUCAAUUAAUUUUAUGAUGCAACCGUCUCCAAGCUUGAUGUAGUUGUUGAUAAUUUGCUAAUAUAAUUUUCAUUGGUGACCAAAAGAAAACCUCAGGUUAUCUGAACAGCAAGAGCACUCCUAAAUUUUUGUGUCAAAAUUGUUCUUUUGAUUUGUUUUAAGUCAUUAAACUUGAAUUCAUGUUGGUCUUUGAGUAGGCUGCUGCCUUUGAAGUUGAUGGGAAUUGAGUGAUUUCGCUUUGGAGAAUUCAUACAAAAAUUCUAGUCCAUGGUGGGUCUGAGGAACAGUUUGAACUGUGGUGGUAGGGGAGGAAGAAAUUAUUUUAAGUGCCAUAUUCACUUUAAAGAGUGUUAAAUGUCUUUUCAAGACGGAUGUGUUUUUCCUGUAAGGAUCUCACGGACAAUGUCUAGGUUUCUUUCCAGUUUCUUAAAUGUACAACUUUUAACAAUAUCGCAAAAAUUCGUAUAAAUUAAUUUCAAAGUCUUAAAAGACAUUUACUUUUGCAUUUAUGUCUUAAAGUUUCUGUUAAAAGAUGAUGUACGUAAGCUAAGACAUUUAAUGCAUUUUCAGGUUGAGAAUUCCAGACUUUGCUUCUUUAUAACUGGUUUAAAUGAUUUUGAACUGUACCUUGUGUUUUAGGAAAUAAUUCUUAUGUCCUUGUGUUUUGAUUUUACUGUAAAUUAUAGUCUUGCUGCAAUAUUUAAUAUGAAAUAAUCAUUAAAGAACUGACCUUUUUCC